AUGAAGAAAUCCGAUCAACUAGUAUGUUUAUGCAUUUUCGCCGGUUUUAUAUGUUUGAUCUACAUAUCAACAAGUACACCAAGGUAUCAAAUGUUUAGUUAUCGGGUUCCUUUUAUCGAGACUGUCAUAAAUCCGACGAAUUCAACCGAAGAUUCCAACGAGAUUAGAGGUUAUGAUGAAGUCGUCGACGGGAAACCGAUGCCGGAAUAUUUAAAAACCCUUGUGGCAGCCAAUAAACUCUCGGCGGGGUUGUUUGACAAGUUUUCGGAAGUCAACGUCAUGACCGUUUAUGAGUUUCCGGACCAUUAUUCAGUGGUCCUGGCGAUUGAAACAACAAUUGGAAAAACAUUGUACUGUAGAUAUAGUGGAACCGAUGGAAAAGAAAUCGCGGAUCCUGUUCCAUCAGUAGUUUAUCCCGGAUUUGUGGUAUACUGUAGUCGACGCAAUGGGACCACAAUUGUCGGCGUCACAAAAACCGCGACAACUCCAUUAAAUACCAAAAACACCAAAAUUCCCAUUAAACGAUUAUUUAAAAGUCAUCUGAAGCACCUCACUUAUUGUUUAGCACCCAUUUUUGGCGACGAACCCAAAUGGCUCCUAUUCGCUGAAAUGAUUGAGCACUACAAACUGCAAGGUGUCGAGAAAUUUUUCAUCUACAUUCGAAAAAUCAGCGAUUAUGAUUUGAAAAUUGUGGAAAGCUAUCGAAAAUCGGGCGAAGUUGAGAUUAUUGAUGUUCCUCCAGCUUAUGAUGACGUCAUCAAACAACAAUUAAUGGCUGUUGCGGAUUGCCAUCUUCGCAACAAAAAAUACUCGAAAUGGACAAUAUUUUCCGAUAUUGACGAGCGCCUUAUAAUGACAGAUUCCAAUAAAACAAUUGCUCAAUUUUUGAAAGAACCGAAAGACGAAAACAUUGGAGCUUUUGUUUUUCCUCAACGAUGGAUAUUGAAAAAAGCGCAAAUGCCAGAGUUUUAUCAAGAUGAACACCAGGUUCUUGAACGAAUGCCGACUCUACAAUGGCAUGAGACUUCAGCGCCAGCAAUAAAAGGACAUAAAUCUUGUACAAGCGAAAGGAAUUGCUGGGGAAAGCUGAUAAUAGAAAAUGAAAAAGUUAUUCGAAUAUCGGUGCACGAAGUUGACAAAUUAUACCCAAACUAUCGCGAAGAAUUUCUUGAUCCAAAAAUUGGAUACAUUCGACACUAUCGUGACGUCGAAAUGCAAUCAUGGGCUAGAAACAAUUGGAAUCUUCUGACGGGAUUUGGAGCAUUUUCGAAUACGUCGUAUCCCAAAAAUUUCGGGGAUGUUUUAGCGAGAAAUGUGGUGGAGCGGGUGAAAAGCGUCUACGGAUAA